AUGCCACAAGCGCAAAAGAAAAAAUCUAAAUAUAUCAAUGUAUUUAGUAAUGAAGGCAAAGAACGAAUGAUCGUUCGAUUUCCAGGUCGUAGUUUAUGUGAAUGUCAAGCAUCAAAACAUAAACUUGUUGGUAAUUGUCUUAAAUGUGGUCGAAUUGUAUGUGAUCAAGAAGGAUCUGGUCCAUGUUUUUUCUGCGGCACUCUCGUUUGUACUCGUGAUGAAAAAAAUUUGAUUACUUCAGGAACACGAGAAGGAAAGCAACUUGAAGAACAAUUAUUAGCUCGACAAGUUCGUGAACCGGAUUCUAAAAAUACAGUGAAUACAUCUGAUUCAUCAUCACAAUUAUCAUUAAAUGAUAUUGCACAAGCUGUAGCAUUUAAAAAUAAACUUAUUGAAUUCGAUCGAACAAGUGCACAACGAACACAAGUUAUUGAUGAUGCUGCAGAUUAUUUUGAUAGUAAUAAUAAAUGGCUUAGUAAAAACCAACGUACGAAACUUGAAAAACUUCAAUCACAACUCAAUCAUCAGAAAAAUCAAAAGAAUCAAAAGAUUACGAUUGAUUUUGCUGGAAGACGAGUUACGAAUGAUCCUGAAGCAAAAAAUGAUCGAUUUUAUGAUGAAGCUCGAGCUGUUCAUGAUAAUGAUCAAUAUGAAUUAGAAAGUGAACGUUUUCAUCAACAACAAAUUCCUAAUUGGGAUGAUGAUGAUGAAAAUGAUUUAAUUAACCAUAAUUUACCUGGAUCAGCGUCAGCUCCUCAAUGGGUUGAACAACAAAAUACUAAACGACCCACAUUAACAACUUUAUCUCAAGUAACUAUCGAAGAUAAAGAUCGAGAACGUCUACGUAUUCAAGAUAAAGAAUUAAUGCAAAUGACAGAUGAUGGAAUGUGUCUGUCUAUGCAUCAACCAUGGGCUUCAUUAUUAGUUCGUGGAAUAAAAAUGCAUGAAGGUAGAUCUUGGUAUACAUCACAUCGUGGACGUUUAUGGAUACAUGCAGCAGCAAAAGAACCUGAUCAAAAUGUUAUUUCAAGUAUGCAAGAAUUUUAUCAAGCAAGAAAUACUGAUGAUGAAGAAAUUGAUUUUCCAACGGAUUAUCCAACAUCAGUAUUACUUGGAUGUGUUGAUGUUAUUGAUUGUUUAGAUCGUAAUACAUAUGUUGAACAGUAUCCUGAUGGUGAAUCUGAGAGUGAAUAUGUUUUGAUAUGUGAAAAUCCACAAGAACUUUUUUUUAAAUUACCAAUGCGUGGACAACAUAAAAUAUAUAAAAUGGAAAAUCAUGCACAUCAAGCAGCAAAACGAGUUCUUUUACGAAGAAUGCAAUGA